GAUGUCUACACCGGCAGACCGGACGGAGUCCAAUACGCCUUCGUUGUCCGUGCCGGAGGUGGUCCGCCACCCUUCUCCAGCAUAAAUGCCCCGAAAGGUCGGUGCUCGGGAGAAAGAUCCCCUGAAGAAAGGCGGUGGGGGAGCACUAUCCAACAACGUCAGAAAAGGGGGGACCGGGCAGUGGGGCACUAGAGCGUCAGGACAAGGGUGUGCGUCGCUGUUGCAACCCCGCGAUGUCAAAGAAAUAGGUGCGGGGACUCCACGUCUCUCGGGCUCUCUCCUCUCUCAUCUUCUCCUGGCCUAGCUCAAGUGUCCUCCUACAACAAAAGACGCUGAACUUUUCGUCUUCAGCCUCACUCUUGACAUUCAUCCUGGACGAAAUAGAUCAAUUGAAGCCCCGAAAGCACCCAACUUCCCAUAAACUCGAAUCGGCAAGCAGCCCCCCCGAAACAUCCCCAAAGCCCACCAUGGCCGCCGACUACCCCAUCAUCGACUCCCACAUCCACCUCUACCCAGGGCAAGAAAUCGAGACCCUCGCCUGGGCGACCCCCGAAAACCCCCUCGCGAAGCAGCACUCGGUCGAAGACUACGUCGCCGCCACCGGCUCCCCCGCAAACCUCAAGGGCUUCAUCUUCCUCGAAACAGACCGCAAACACGACCUCAAAGCCGGCGCCCGCGAUGCCUCCGGCUGGGAGUUCCCCCUGAUGGAAGUCUCCUGGCUCCGCCGUAUCGCCGAGGGCAAACCCCGCGACGGCGAGGGUCACGGCCCCGACCACGCCAGCCUCUGCCUGGGCAUCGUCCCCUGGGCGCCCCUGCCGUCCGGCGCCGCGGCCAUGGAGAAGUACCUCGACCACGUAAAGACCGUCGCGGGCGACGCCGUCUGGCCCAAGAUUCGCGGGUUCCGGUAUCUGUUGCAGGAUAAGCCGCACGGCGCGGGGUUGACGGACGACUUUAUCGACAGCUUGAAGCUCCUGGGUAAGAGGGGCUUCGUCUUCGACAUGGGCGUCGACCAGCACCGCCGCGGUAAUAAGCAGCUCGAUGAGGCGUUGGAGAUUAUCUCCCGCGCUCACGAGGGUGUUCCGGAGGAGGAGAAGGUCACCUUUGUCAUCAACCACCUCUGCAAACCCGACCUCGGCAUCAUAAACACAACAGACCCCUCCUUCGUCCACUGGCGCACCGCAAUCUACGCCCUCUCAAAGUGCAGCAACACCUACAUGAAACUGUCCGGCGGCUUCUCCGAGAUGCCCGACUCCCUCAAGAAGCAGGACCCCAACGCCAUAUUCGAGGCAAUCUUCCCCUGGCUCGGCGUCGUCCUCGCCACGUUCGGCACCCGCCGCACAAUGUUCGGCUCCGACUGGCCCGUCUGUACCGUCGGCGUCGACGAGGCCUGGCGCAAGUGGAAGCUCCUCGUUGAGCGCACCUGCUACAUGGCCACCCUCGAGCCCGAGGACCAGGCGGCCCUGUUUGGCGGUACCGCGAUCAAGGCGUAUGGUAUCGAGGGGCUUUGAUGAUGAUAUUUGCUGUUGUGUUGUUUGAACGCUGUCUUAUGAUUCUGAUUUGAGUAUGGUGGGCUUGCAGAUCGGGGCUUUAUGAGAAAGAAUGAAAUCGCUGGGUUCACAGCGUCUAGGGAUGACAUCGCCAGUUUGUACCUGAUGAUUCGACGGUGGGGGCGGGCGUGGGUAUGAGGUUCCAUGAGGAUGAUCGAUAUAUUACGACUUUGCACACAGAUACCACAAAAUCAACUACGUGUUUUCUCCGCC